AUGAAAAAACAACUGCAUGAAGCGAAACGUGAGUGUCUUAUAAACAGGAAUUUCAAGAAUAAUAAAUUAUUAGUAAAAAUUCUAUAUUCUUUUGAUGAAAAACAUCAAAUGACAUGUUUAGCAUGGCAUGAAAAUCCUGUUUCCAUAGAGAUUGUAUCUUUAAAUAAUCUUUAUAAAGAGGAAGUUGGAAUCAUUAAUUUAAAAACAUGUAUAUUAACAGUUAUUGCAAAAAGCCCUGAGCUUAUAUUGCAAAAAGGACAUGAUUUUGUUAUUUAUACGUUAGAUCCUACUGAAGAUAAAGAAGUAUUUUCUGGGCAUGGCAUGUUGAGUUGGGUUCUAGAUAUAUCAUUAGAAAUAAAAAGCAAUUCCAAGAAUGUAAUCGGCAAAAUCAAACAUUUAAAGAAGAUGAAUGACGAAAGUGAAGUUGUUCUUGAAAUAUUUAUGCGUUUGUCGAAAGUUCCAUAUGCUAUGCAAACUAAUUUACUAAAUACAAUCCAAGAUUUUUGUUUUUUUUAUAACAUUUCCAGUCCUCUUGUUUCCGAAGUUUCUGAAAUGGUUUCAUCUGAAAUCUCUGAAAAAAAUGAAAAUACUUUUUUUGAACAACCUGUUUAUUUAUACAAUUCAUCAAAAUCUACAAAUAUCGAGAAUCAGAAUAAUUUUCAAAAAUAUCAAAAAAAUGCAUUCGAUACAUCACAAUCGUCUAUAUUACUACCUUUUAGAGAUUCAUCUAAUGUGAAAGCCUGUGAAUCACUUUCUCCAAUAUCAUUUUUAGGACAAACAUCAUCACCAAUUAGUGAACCUAUAUCCCCUCAAAUACCAUCGUCGUCAUCAUCCCCACAGUAUCAACAGCUUCCCCCAUCAUCACCACCUAUACUUUCUUCCGAAAAUCAGACCUCGUAUCCUACAUCUGAACCAUCUCUAUCUUUUCCAGACAUCUUUGAGACAUUAUCAUUUAUGAAUACAGCAUCUAAUUCGCAGAAAUUCAUAAAUUAUCUAGAGUUUCCUCAAUCUCAAGUGAAUAUAGAGUCCAUAGAAACUAAAAAAGAUUCCGAAAAUAUGAAGUCAUUAAAAAAUGAUAUAGAAACAUUUGAUUUUACAUACAGAGAUUUAGUUGCAACUCAAGAAUCAAAAAAUAAUAAUGAGACAUUCAUUGACGAAUUACCUGAACGAAAAAGGUUAAACGAAGCUGUAUUAGCAGCAAAACUUGCUUUAGAAAGUCUUUCAAUGAUAAAAUUAAUUGAUAAUCAGGUAGAAGGAAAUAGUAAAAUAGUGAUAGAUUCUUUAGAGACAUAUGAUCAAAAUAAUAAUAAAGGAAAUAAAUCUUUGAAACAGUCUAAAAAGAAAGUAUCUAAUGCUCUUCGUAUAGAAAUGAAUCUUUUAAAAUCAAUUCAAGAAGGGAAAAUUCCUAAUUAUUGUAAUAAUUGUGGAACUAUAAAAACUGUAAGCUGGAGGAAAGUCAAAACGGCGGAUGGUAAAUCAGAAGAAACUCUUUGUAACCCAUGUGGUGUUUGGUGGUCAAGUCAUAAAUCUAUGCGUCCAUCCCAUUUAUGGCGUCAAGAAGCAAUAACCUUAAAUUUCCAUAAUCUGCCAAGUACAUUAUGUUCUUCAAAAAAAACAAAGAGAAAAGGCUCAUAUACUAGCAAAAAUGAUGGAAAUUUAGAAGCCAAAACUAACAAAAAAUAUACAGGAAACAAAAUCUCAUUUAAAAAACAAAAAAAUACUAUCAUUACUGAUAGAAUGAUACAAUCAUCUCCUCCUAAAUAUGUUUCUCAAGAAAUAUUUACACGUGAACCUUUUUCUGAAUUAAAUAAUGAAAACAAUUGGGUUUAUUCUUCAAAAAAAUCCAUAUUAUCUACUAUGAAUAAUGCAGAAAAAACUAUCAAAUUAUUUAGUGAAAAAGAAAACAAAAGUCCUAAAGAAUACGAUGCUUCAAAAAAAACUAAUAUUUCAUCAAAUAUUCAAAAUAAUCAUAUUAAAACCAUUUCAGAAAAAAAUAUUUUAACAACUCUGAAUCCAUGGAAAUCAACAAAUUUUUUUCCUCAAUCAAAUGCAGAAAUAGUAGAUGCAUUUGUAGAAACACAAAAGGAUUGCGAAUUUUUACAUAAUAAUGAAGCUUUUAAUUCAGUAUUUCUCGAAAAUAAUUUAACUAAUGCAACACUUUUAACAUCAUCAACUUCUCUUUUAAAAUUACCAACAGACAUAGCUAAUUCAAAGAUUAUGAAUUCAAAAAAUAUAAAUUUAAAAGAAUCACAUAAAAUAAAUACAUCUUCUCCACUUAACUUAUUUAUAUUUAACAAGGAUACUCAAGAUACCACUAAUAGUCUGUGGGCAGAAAUAACUAGUUCUAAUAUUAGUAAUACAAACAUAGACAAUAAAGAAUAUUUUUUAGAAAAUAUAGAAAAACAAAACUAUUUGUUUUAA